UAUAAAUAAUAGAGUACCUGAAUGUUAAGCACAGUAAUUAAUACUGCACUUGUCAAACUCAGUUACGUUAACAACAUGGCCAAAAACAUUUUCGUACUUUGUCUCUUCGUGUACGCUUUAGUUCAAUCUAAAGCAGAUGCAAAGCCUGCGGCCGAUCCUAAAGCGGAAGCUGCUCCAGAACCGAAAGCAAAAGCUGAUCCUAGUAUAAUAGCCGCAGCUCCUAUAGCUUAUGCUGCGCCCGUUGCUUACGCUGCUCCUGUUGCUUAUGCAAGUUAUGCAUACGCUCCAGCAUACUACUCAGCUUAUGCAGCACCGAUAGCUUACUCAUAUGGCUCAUUUCUAAUUUAAGUUAUUUACAACAUAAGUAUCCUAAUUGUGUAUUUGGUAUUGUUUAUGUAUUACAUGUUUAUAAUGCCCAUUUAAAAUUUAAUAAAUGCUCAAUCAAAUUGA